UAAAAUAAAUAAAAUGAUUGUUUUGAUUUAUUUACCAAAACAAUAUUGUAAAUAAACAAGAUGUAUUGAUUUGAUUUAUGUAUUUACUCUAAUUUAAUUAUAUAUAUAAUACGUAAAUGAAUACAAAUAAAUAAUAAUAUACAAAAAUUAGUUUUAUAUAUAACAUUUAUCCCACGCAAUUUCGCGUGUCUUAAGUUAGUGUUAAAGUUAUUUACCUUACGUAAGGCUCUCCUAAGUACCGGUCUCGCUUACAGACAACUCGUUUUUCUGGUUUGUGUGUAAAUUUGAUAAAUAGCAGAGAAAAUUGAAAUUUUAUUAAACCAAAAAAAUUGAACUUGUAAUACUCUGUAUAUUCAAAGCCAAUUCUUAACUAGUUUUUGUAACUUCAAAUCUUGUUUGAUAAACUAUAAAUGUUUAAUAAGAAAAUUCAAUAUUUCAGAAAUUUAGUCAAAUUCAAUAUUUCAUUCGUAUUUUUAUCUUGGAAAUCAUUAUGUUUGCUAAUCAGUGAUUCAAUCGUAUGAAUCAUUACCUUACUAUUAUGUUAGUAUCCUCGCUUUGAAAGUUUGAAAUUAUUUUUUGUUAACAAAUUUAUUAACAUAUAUAUAUAUAUAUAUAUAUAUAUUUGUUCACCUUUUAAUAUAUUUGUUCAUUAAUAUUAAUAUGUUAGACAUGAACGUUUGGCUUUGGUUCGACUCCAGAUUGUAUUUUUGGUUUUCGUUUGGUUCUCAUUCAAUGUGGUUUUUAGUUUUUAUUAUCGGUUAUCUUUUGUCUCUUACGCAGCACAAAAUCGAUUAUCAAAUGGGAGAAGCUUCUGGGAAGUUAACUCUAAGAUGCAAAUGGGUUCUUGGAUGUGGCAUAAGAUGUUGAAGCUGAGAAGCGUAGCAAAGUUCUUUUAUAAGAUUGAAGUAGGCAAUGGGAGGCACACCUCAUUAUGGUUCGAUAAUUGGUCUGAUAAAGGAGUUCUCUUUGACUUGUUGGGUGCUAGAGGUAUCAUUGAUAUGGGGGUAAAAAAGAAUGCAACAGUAGAGGAGGCUGUGUUAAGUGUACGAAGGAGAAGAAGGCAUCAUUUAGGUGCUCUAAAUGAGAUUGAAAAGGAGUUAAGUAUCAUCAAGAGGAAUCUGAACUCAGGGAAUAAUGAUAAAAGCUUGUGGAGAAGAAAUUCGAGUUUAAGCAGGAGUUCUCUACUCAGGAAACUUGGAAUCAGCUGAGAGAUAAAAAGACUUUAUGCAGUUGGGCUCAAGGUAUAUGGUUUUCACAAGUGACUCCGGAAUUUGCUUUUAUGGUGUGAAUGUCGACUAUGGACAGAGUGGUGAAGUGAAUCCGGGGAGUAAUGAUGUUUGUGUUCUCUGUAACAAUGCUCCGGAAUCGAGAAGUCAUUUGUUCUUUGAAUGCAAAUUCUCUGCUCAACUGUGGGAAUUCAUUGCUAAAGGCUUACUGUGCAAUUUGUUUACCACUACCUUGUCUGAGAUCAUUCCCAUUAUAUCAGAUAAGACAAGGGAGAAGAAGAGUCUUUUAUGUAUCAGGUACGCAUUUCAAGCUGUCUUGUAUGCUUUGUGGAGAGAAAGAAAUAAGCUAAAGCAUGGUGAUAAGAUGAUGCCUUUGCCAGUUCUCAAAAGAGUUGCAGAGAAAAGGAUUCAUAAUAGAAUCAAUUUGGUGUGUAGAAGUGGAGUUAGAGGUAUGGAGGAGCAUGCAAUUCUGGUUUCUAUCUAGAAUUUAAUUAGCAUUUUAUUUAUUUUUUGAGAUGUAGAAUGCAAGAUACAUUGUAAAGAAGUAUGCACUUGAUGUAAUAAGUUUUUUUUGAAUAAAUUUAACAUUUAUUCAAAAAAAAAAAUUUGAUUAUCAAUGUACGACUAGAAAUAAACAAUUUUUUUUUAAAUGAAUAAAGAUGAGUAGACAAAAAAAAUUGAAAAUAAAAUGCAAAUACUCCAUAUAUUGUGAUUUUAUGUUUUUUUUUUAAUAAAUAGAAAAAUGACAAAGCAAAAUUAAGAUAAGAUGGACUCAAAGCCCGUACAAAAUCCAAAAGGAGAGAAGAGAGACAGAGAAUAAAUACCUAAGAGGUGGCUAGAAGUUAAAAAAAAAAAACUCAGAUUGGGAUCUCUGUAUCUCUCCGGACAGCAGCCAUAUCGAUACAAACAUUGUUUGGAAAAGAGCCACCACCGAUUCGGACAGAUAGCAUGAAGAGGAGUAGGAAGCAAUCAUUGGCCGAGAACCUAGACACAAGCUUGUGGAAAUUGCUACCCCACGAUGUGGUAGAGGUGAUCCUGGAGUGUGUGCCCGUGAAGCCUCUGUUGAGAUUAAGAUCUGUAUCGAAGAAGUGGAAAUUGACAAUCGAUUCCCCAGGUUUCAAGGAACGACAAUUGAUCCGUCGCAGGCAAUUACGUGGUCCCGAUGUCCUCAUCAUGCGUCUCUCCUAUGAUCGACCUGUGGGACGCGAAGGUCGUGGUCGAAAAGUUGUGUUGAGUGCAGCAUCAGCAUCAAGAAGAAGAAUAGGUUGGAACGUGAGUUACACGUGCGGCAUGUUCUGCGCUGGUAGUUGUGACGGUCUAGUAUGCGUCUACUGUCUCUACGUAGACAGUAUCGUGGGCAAUCCUGCCACUGGAUGGCAUCGGAGUUUUCCUCUUUCCAACUAUCAAGGCCUCCUCAUUCAGAGGUUCAAGAGAGAGGGUUCUGACUUCCCAUGGCCUAGCCUUGGAUUCGGUAGAGAUAAGUUAAGUGGCACUUUCAAGCCUGUUUGGUUGUAUAAUUCAUCCGGGUUUGUACUUGGAGGAGCAGACAAGGCUGUUGUUACCUAUUGUGAAGUUUUCGAUUUUAGCACCAACGCUUGGAGGUACGUUGUCCCCGCUUCUCCUUAUCCCAUCAAUGCUUACCAUAAACCCGUCCAUUUAGAUGGCUCGCUUUAUUGGUUAACCGAGUCUGAACCACCCUUGCUACUAUCUUUUGAUCUUCACACCGAGACUUUCCAAGUCAUCUGUAAAGCCCCUUUUGCCGACCCUCGCCACAUCACCAUGUGCGUCCUCCAUAACCGCUUGUGCUUGUCUGAGCAAAAAGACCUCACCCAAGUAAUAUGGUCGUUCGAUUCUUCCGACAAGACAUGGAACACAUUGUGUUCCUUUGAUCUCAACCCAACUGGCGACUUCGCCGCCCCCCUGUUACCAAUUGCAAUUCUGGACAAGGGUCAGUUAUUGCUUCAAGGUCGUGCUUCCAUGGACCCACUGGUCAUACAUGAUCUCCAUUACAGAUCUUAUGAUUUACUCUGCACACCUAAAUCACCCUCUGGUUCUGUUUAUUAUUUCGAAAGUUUAUUCUCUGCUUAAUUUCUCUUUAAUUUAAACUCAUCUCUCAUCUUGUUGUAUUUUUCUAUUAUAUACCUCUCUCUUGUAAGAAGUUACCCAAACAUUUAAAUAUGAAACACACUAUUGCAGUUUCACUUACA